AACAACGUUUUAUUCAACGACAUUUUGUUCCACAACAGCAACAAAUACAAACAAUACUCCUCUCGGUCAUUUAAAAGCAUUUUAUUCAAUAGCUAUAAAGAGUUAGAGGGAUAACAUAGACAAUAGAUGAUUUUUGAUAUGGGAAAACAGACUUUAGAAUUAAUAUAUACUCUCUACUAUAUAACAAUAACUGCAAGUUAUGAACUAGCAGCUGUGGCAGCUGUGGGAAAUAUGGCUAACACAGUGCUAACGUCUGAACAAAGUAUUUUAGAUAAUGUUGCUUGUGCAAAAUUGAAGACGCUGUGUUCAGAUCUCGACGGUGCUGAUAAUUUAGAUAUUUUGGAAUGCAUUGGCAGUUUUACUACCAGCAAGUUAGAGGCUUUGCCCGACAAGUGUCACCACGCUGUUUGGCAAGAAACUUUAUCGUUUCUUUCCACCAAAUGGAUAAAAGACCAUCUACUCUCAAAAGAAUGCGUAAAAGAGAAUAAGCAAUUCGAUUUUUGCAUCGAGAAACCUGAUGUUUGGAACUGCAUAAAGCAGCGUUCAGAAAAACUCAGUCACGACAGUAAGUGCCGUGUUUAUAUAAAAAGAGUUCUUGCCGUUUUGUUUCCAGACUACGAAAGUCUGAGUGAUUUUUUUAAUGCUUGUAGUACGGAAAUUCAACAGCUCGCCUGCGGUCGUUUGAAUGUAGAAUAUAAGAGCAUAUCUCAAUUAAAAACCGUACAGUGCUUGCAAGAGAAUGGAGCUGAAAUAGUGGAGCAGUCGUGCAAGGCUGCCAUCUCUCGUAUUGAACAGCAACACGCAGACCUGUUAUUUUUUGAAAUUUGUGCGCAAGAUUUGCAACGUUUAUGUCCACAAGAAACCAGCGGCACGCCGAGCGCUUUCAAGUGUUUAGUCAAAAAUAAAAGCAGUUCAUCGAUGACACGACGUUGUACAGAGCAGAUAACUCAAAGAGAUCGAGAAAUUGCGCGAGAUUAUCGUUUAUCGCAUGGUUUGGCAAAAGCUUGUAAGGAGGACAUAAAACUGAAUCAUUGCAGACGUGGCGUUUCCGAAGAUAAACAGGUGCGCUUGGCACAGAUAUUACUAUGUCUAGAAUCAGUAGAGAAGAAUGGUACCAAAAUUGUACCUGAGUGCCGCGCAGAAAUCGAUGAUCAUCGUCGCAUGUUAAUGCAAGAUGGCCAGUUGUCUCCAGAAAUGCUUACCGAUUGUGCUGAUGACAUACCCAAGUUUUGCGGAGAAGUGGAAAAAUUGACGGCAGUUGAUUCCUACGCAGUUUAUGGCGUGGAGAUAAUACAUUGUUUGAUGGAGCAUGCUCGUGUAAAACGAAGAAAAGAUCGUGUUACUGCUCAGUGUCAACGCUCCUUGGAAAGCCUUAUUAAAAUUUCUGAUGUCGGGGAAGAUUGGCGGGUUGAUCCAAUCCUAAGAAGAGCUUGUAAGCCAGUGGUUGAUUUAGCUUGUCGCGAUACAGAAGGAGGCGAUGCGCGUGUUAUGUCCUGUCUAAUGGAACAGUUAGAUACACCUGUAAUGAAUCCCGACUGCGAGCACGCGUUGCUCCUAAUACAAUAUUUUGUGUCCCGAGACUUCAAAUUGGAUCCGCAACUAUAUAGACAUUGUCGUGACGAUGCGAUUAAAUACUGCAGAGCCAAACGUCUUUGGGAUGAUGUCCUUGAUGCUCAAAUGGAUCCCGAAAGGGGGCCAUUAAUUUUGCCUUGUCUACAUCGCAUUGCUUACAGUGACGAUACCCAAAUAUCAUUACGUUCUGACUGCUUCAAAGAAAUGAAGCGUGUUAUGCGCCAGAGGGCCGUAUCAGUCGACUUAAUUCCGGAAGUCGAAGACGCAUGUAUUGACGACUUGUCAUAUUUUUGUUAUGAUCGCACACAAAAGGGCGCCGAAAUGGACUGUUUGCAAAAUAAUUUAGAAAAAUUGCAAGUGCCUUGUAAGACAGCUGUUUCUGUUUACACGGAGGAAGAAGCUGCCAAUGUUGAACUUAAUCCUGUGAUAAUGUCAGUUUGCCCGGAGGCAAUGAAAACGCAUUGUAACCAUAUCCUAAAAGGGGGCAAAAAUAAAGGUGAUAUGAUGGAGUGUUUGAUCUCUCAUAAAAAUGAUGUCGAUAUGCGUCAAAAUCAAAAAUGUCGUGCAGCUAUAGAACAUUUUCAAAUAAUUUCGUUGAAAAAUUAUCAUUUCACUUAUAAAUUCAAGGAGGCUUGCCGUCCAUAUGUAGUGCGGUUCUGUGCAGCUAGUACUACAAAAAAUGAAGUAGUCGCCUGCUUAAGUGAAGUAAUGCGUAAUGAUACCAUACGCGCCCAAAGGCAUUCGAUACCGAAAGAAUGUCGGCAACAGGUGAAAGCCCAACUCUAUCAGCAACGAGAAUCUUUACUCUUAGAUCCCAAGCUAACGAAUGCAUGUAAAAAGGAAAUUGAAGACUUGUGUGCCGAUAAAAAGGGCCCUGGCGAGGUGAAUAAUCCGAAUACGCUGGAAUGUUUAAUUUUGAAUACACCUCGUUUGGGUAAUACAUGCCACCAUGCUAUAUUUUUGAUUAAAAAGUCCGAAUUGGGCGACAGUGCUACUGAUUACACUUUGGUUAACACUUGCAAAGAGAUGACGUACAAAUUUUGUUCAAAAGAAGAGCCUAUGCAUUUGCUGGAUUGCCUUAAAACAUAUAAAGACGAUCCUACUUUUGAUCAACGCUGCCAUCUGGUAGUGGUAAAUCGAAUGAUCGAACAGAAUACAGAUUUCAGGUUCAAUCCUUCCUUACAAUUGCAUUGCGGUAAAAGUAUUGAUCGGUACUGUUCGGAUAUAGUAGCUAAAGCACAACCCAACGAGGAGUUGAAUGGCAAGGUGGUGCAAUGUUUAAAAGAUAAGUUCCGCAAAUUUCUGCUCGAUGCCGAGUGCUCGCAAGAGAUGGUCAAAGUACUGCAGGAGCAAGCGCUCAAUUACAAGUUAAAUCCGCUUUUGCAAACUUUCUGCAAGCACGAAAUUGCGGUGCUUUGCAAUCCAGAUCGUUACGCUCAAGAGCACGGUCUGGUGGAGGAAUGUCUGAAGACAGCAUUUCUAAAUCAAAAAAUCAUCAAUCGCGACUGUCGCCUGGAAGUAGCUACUUUGAUAGCCGAGGCAAAAGCGGAUAUACAUGUCGAUCCAAUUCUAGAGGAAGCUUGUACGGUUGACUUGUUACGUUAUUGUUCAAAUGUAAAGAGCGGUAAUGGGCGCAAACUGAAAUGCUUGCAGACAGUUUUGCAAGAUCAAUCAAAAGCAAUGGAAGAGGAUUGUCGCCUGAAAUUACAGCGACGGAUUGAAAUGUUUCGAAAUGCGGAUACAGUAUUGGUUCAACCUCCCGAAAAUAUGGAACAAUUAGUCAAUCAAGUAGUCAGCUCACCUGCCAAACGUUUUUUCAUGGUUAUAUUAAUGACUGCCGUGGGAAUGAUCUUCAUAAUGGGUAUAUUUUUGGGUCGUAUUACCAAACGUGCAAUAAACACCAAAAAUAAAUAAUAUUUAAUUCAUAAUUACUCUCACAGUGACUUAAGUUUUCUUUAUAUAUAUUUAAUAUUUUUAUUUAAUUUUAAUUUUGUAAAAGAAACUUAAAGUUUAUAUAUUUAAUUUUGAGUACUAUCGUAUUUAUUUAGAGCAAAUGUUAGUGUACAAGAUGUCAAACGUUAUAUUUGAUUAGACUCGAGCAUGCAAUGUUACACUCUACCGUCGUCUAACAUUCUUCACAAUCCGCAAAGAUAGUGUUUUCUAAACAUCAAACCGUUAGAUACAAACUUAAUCAAAUGUUCGCAACGUGCAUAAGCAUCACACACAUAUGUGAUCUUCAUAUCAUUCAUGUGCUCCUAUCUGUUGGAAUUAUGAUUAUGAUUUCAGAUAAUUUUUUUUUCUUUUACUUUCGUUAGGAUAAAUUUCAAAAAUCAGUCAAAACAAUUCUAGCAUCCGCGAUUAGUAAAAAGAAAACUAUAAUUGUUCAUUUAUUGGAUGAGUUUUUUGCAAUUAACUUUGAUCACAAGAUCACAAAUCCGUCACAUUCAAUAAAAUCUCAUAUGUGAAUAUAUCAUAAUUGCUUAUGCAUGAAAUGCAUUAUCGCAUGUGUAUAGACGACGUAAGCUAAGCUAAGCUAAGGUCUCUUUCUCGUUUCGAGUAAAAAGCGUUCAUAGGAGCUAAUCGAGACCAAAUUUGCGGUAUAGUUGAUAUCGAUUCACGUGUGAGUUCAAAUUUUUUUAAAUAAUCCCCUACAAAAUAAUCGAAUUUUAAUAGACAUGUAUGUAAUAUUACUGAUUUCUUUGAAGAGCUCCUUACAUCGCGCUACUUAUAUCUCUUAAAUCCUUUUAAUGAUAAAUAUGCAGCAAAAACUAUUUCUUCUCUUAUCAAGCGAAGGUAUUAUACAAAAUCGUCGUUUCGUUUGCAAUAGUCAGUAAUUGGGGUGUGUAAACGAUUUUGGUAAUUAUACUUAUGAUUAAAAGCCCUUCAAACAGAAGUAUGCAAUAUUAUCAACUACGUAAGAGAAUGUUUACGUGUUACGUGCAGUUAGUAUGCAUUGCCAUAUUAUUAUUGUGCAUAAGAUGUUAGAAAGAUGGAAGCUUCAAUAACGAAUUCAAAAUUUCCAUUGAACAUCAUAAAACAAGUGAAAUACCCUACAUUGCAUUGUUCGAACACAAUUCUUAUUUUUCCCAUAGAACGCACUCUUUUUAUAUGAACUUACUAUUAUGAGAUUGUAUAUUAAAAAUUAGAUACCUUCGCCUGCAUUCCGCGAAAAGUCGAGGUUCAAAAUUCAGUACAAUUAAUUUUUAUAUUCAUCACAUCACAUAUUAAAACUUUUCAAUUUUUUUUGCCCUAAAAGAUGCACAUUUUGUGAGAUUCAAAAAUAGGCAUGGCUGGUCCAAAUAUCGUAGAGUUAAGUUUUAUAUCAAAUUAUGCUAUUAUGAAUUAAUUUUCAUCAGAAGAUUGAAUACAAGUUUACAUGGAUGAACAUCGAGAGACGUACAGACAGGCUUAAAUCGAUUCAGAAAAUGAUUCCGAAUCGGAAUGUAUACAUUUGUUUAUGUAUAUGGAAAAUUGUCAUUGAGUUACCUAAGAAAUUGUUAGGGAAGAGAGAGUGGGCAUUAAAUGUAUGAAUCACGCAGAUGCUGAAUGCAUCAACGCCAUUUAUUUCUCUUGCUGAAAUCAAUAUUUUGCAAUAUACUUACGUAUUUAUAUAUACAUAGAACUUGUGGACCAAAGUAGUGCGGUCGUAUGUAAGGCGCAGAAGGCCUUAAAAUAGACCAAUCUUUCAUUAAUUGAUCUAAGCGUGUGUGUCCGUCUGAUGUCUGUCCAUAUAAAUUUGUGUUGAAGUUACAGGACGCAAUUUUAAGUAGUACUAUUUGGGCAUAGUAAUUUCGAUGUGAAAACUUUGAACUAGCUGGGGUAAUUUUUUGAACACCCUCUCAUAUAACUGUUCCUGCGGAAACUAAAGCUUUACAUGGUAAAAAGAUCGGAUUUCCAAUAUAUCAUUAUGAAAAUUGGCUCAUAAUACAAAAUUGACAAAGAAGGUAGACACCUUAUCGAAUUUGGUCCGCGUAGGUCCAUUUUUUUUAUAUACCACCGCAUAUAAAGGAUUCUCAUCAAACGCAAUCCCUUAUAUCCCGAAAAGCCUAAUUGCUAAUUUUUUUUUUUUUGAUGAAAAUAUUCUCAUAAUGAAAAUUAAAUGAACAAAAAUUAAGCAGAUCUAAUUCGAAUCACAUUGAUCUAUUUCUUUCCCGAAUCCAUGCAAAGUACCUCAUGUCUUCCUAACAAUUCAUAGAAGCGUUUCCUCAAAAAAAAAAAAAAAAACUAACGGUAGGGAAGUUAAGUUCUUUUUGACCCCCACUUAUAUAGGCGCUAUCAUGAAACGCAAACUCUCAUAUUGGAGGGAAUAUCGAACCCGCCUGGCCUUUGCAUGAAAAUAAUAUGUACUUUUUCGUGUACUAUUAGCAAAAUGAGCGUAUAAAUGUAGUAGGCUAACGGGUGUAGGGGAUGUAAGGGGCCGGCGUCGCACAAGAUGUUCAUUUUUUUCCUUCUUCUCGUUUCGUAUUAUAAGGGCGAAGCCAAUUAUCAAAUUCUCAUUUCACUUAAAUCCAAUUUGCAGUGCAGGCCAAAUUUUAAUUGUCCGAUAUCGGAUGAAUUUUGUUCCCGUUCUAAGUUCAGCAAACGAAUAAUGUCAACCGAUACUUCAGUCCUACUGAACUGAUAAUAGAAUAAUUAAUAUUCCGUGUCAAGAAUGGAAAAAAAAAAACAAAGGGUUAAAGGACAAUAAAGAUAAAAUUUAUUAGAACAAAGAGGCGAGAAAGAAGGAGGUUCUAUCCUUUUCUCGUUCGGCAAAUUUUUAAGUUCAAUCUUACAAUAUGACCAUUUAUUGCAUACCCUCAGGAAUUUCAGGCUAUGCAUGCAUUCAUGUCCAUAAAAAAAAGCUAACUAUUAACUUGUCUAGAUAAGUCAUUCAUUCCAAUUGGGCAGCUAUUCCGUUCAUUGUCUACCUAUCAAUCUAAUUAUAAGUACAUUUCACAAUGAUACAAAUGCUUAAAUUAAAUAAACAAACUUCUCAUCAGUUCUAUUUAUUUAUGUAUUAUGCUUUUCGUUUUGAUACGAAUUUUUUCCCAAAUAUCAAACGAUACUGUCUUUCAUCGGAAAGACACUCACGAUCAAAUGUUUUCAUUUUGGGGCAAUCUAUUACGUUCACGUUCACGUUCGUAACCGUAAACUCGAAAAACGACAAAUUUGGUUUUCUUACGCCCAUCACCGAAGUUUGCAACAUCUAGAACGAAGCAUAAGCCACAAAUUAUAUAUAUUCUUGAUAAGUAUCAAAUUCUAAAUUGAUUUAGGCAUGUCCGUCCGUCCGUCCGUCUGUC